AAAACACACACACCAGCCCACUUGAGUUGAUCUGUGCGCCGAUUCUCACAACACAAACUGGACGGAUUGCCUGAUGGAGCCCAGAGAGCAACAGGGCUGGAGAAACGGACACUAUAUAGAUCUGUCACAGCGAUAUAAGUGAAAGUUCACAAUGGAGGAAGAUGUUCACGGUGGUGCUGUAGGCCCUGGGUUUCCAUGCGCACGCGCACUACAAUCCGGAAGUGGCCGCCUCUUUUGAACGACGUCAUGUCGUUCUGGACCUGACUUGCAAAAAAAGCAACAGAGGAGCCUCUCUACUGGGCACAACAUAACACGCUGCCGGGUUUCAGGACUAGUUAUCUGGCUGCAGGGACAAUGGCAGGCGAGACACCCCCGGUGCAACCACGUUUUGUGUGAAAAUGUUUCCUGCGCGAUGCAGUCUCUGGUACGAUGAUCGAGAAUCAAGAAGACGAUGAAUUCAUUGCGGUGAGGGUCCAAGACCCGCGGGUUCAGAAUGAAGGCUCCUGGAACUCUCACGUGGAUUACAAGAUCUUCCUCCAUACCAACAGCAAGUCCUUCACCGCCAAGACCUCAUGUGUGCGACGGCGCUACAGCGAGUUUGUGUGGCUCAAGAAGAAGCUGCAGAAGAACUCUGGUCUCGUGCCCGUCCCAGGCCUGCCAAACAAGUCCUUCUUCUCCUUCAGCAACGAGGACUUCCUGGAGAGGAGGAGGACGGGCCUCCAGAGCUUCUUGGACCAGGUGCUCCACAUGACGGUGUGCCUCUCGGACAGCCAGCUGCACCUCUUCAUGCAGACCCAGCUGCCCGUGCGCCACAUCGAGGACUGCGUCCAGGGCCACACCCCCUACACCGUGACGGACGCCAUCCUCACCUACGCCUCGUCCAAUCGGGGCUUCGCCCAGGCCCAGGAGGAGGACCUGCAGAAGGAGCGGGGUUCCAGCGUGGUCUCCUACGAGUCCAUGGAAAGCCCGUCCCCGCAUCUCCCCUCCCAGCAGCCCAACGGGGACACCCUGCAGGCCAUCCUGGAGACCCCCGAUGCGGCCGACGCCCGGCGGAUGGUCUGCCACUCGGAGAGGUCGUCGCUGCAGGUCCUCCAGCAGGACCACCACCUGGAGGCCAUCCUCCAGCCGCACCCCCCGCCCGCCGCCUCCUUCUACGUGGGGAGCAGCCUCGGCGAGGGGCCCUCCCUAGGGAGUCCCCCCGAGGCCGCGCCCGCCGGACGGAUACAAGCGUCGGUGGAGGUGCACUCGCCCAUGGGAGAGGCCGCCGCGCCCGACUUCAGGGAGGAGCUGGAGGACGUGGAGGAGGUGGAGGAGGUGGAGGAGAACGGCUGUGGAGCGGCGGAGGAGUGUCUGGCUGAAAUGCAGCCGACGGAAGAAGUGGUGGCCAGGGCUCCAAGUGUCCCUGUAGACGGUGUGUGUACCGACAGCCAGGAGGAAGAGGUGGAGCCACAGGAGGGGGAGCAGCAGGCAGGGGUGGUGGAGCAGCAGGCAGGGGUGGUGGAGCAGCAGGAAGGGGGGCUGGUGGAGCAGGAGGUGGUGGCCAAGCAGGUGGAGGUGGAGCAGGAGGAGGAGAUGAAGCAGGAGGUUGUGGCAGAGCAGCAGCAGCAGCAGGAGGAGGUGGUGGAGGAGGUGGCGUUGUUGGAGCCACAGGAGGUGGAGAAUGAGGUGGAGAAGCAGGAGCAUGGGUAUGGUGACUCGGGAGAGGUGGUGGUGGUGGAGGAGGAGGCGGAGAAGGAGGGGGUGCAUGUGAAUGGGACUGGCGACUCGGGAGAGAUGGUGGAGGAAGAGAAGGAGGAGGAGGAGGAGCAGCAGCAGCAGCAGCGUGUGAAUGGGAUCGAUGACUCUGGAGACCACACUGAAGCGGUCUGCGGUGCCGGCGGGCUCCUGGACCAUGUCGUCUCAGAGCAGGAGGAAGGUGAUGAGGAGGAGGAGAAAGAAACUAAGGUGAACUAUGAGCAGCAGGUCCUCCAACAAACCUCCCGGGCUGAGCAGGAACACGACCCCGAGCGCCUCUUGAGUCCUGAGGAGCCCGGUGUGGAAGCAGGCAGCGCUUCAGAGGAGCCUCUUGGCCCCCCUGACGACCGCGCUGGAGAAGGCCCUCAUCAGGACGGGGCGUGCGGAGGAGCAGAGGGCAGUACGGUGGAUCUGGAGACGGAGACCAGCGGCACAGCGCUCCACGCUGUGUACCCCGUGUCCCAGUCUGAACGCCGUGCCGAUGGCGCGAUCCGGGAGGGACAUGCUCCCCCGGACCGGAGCCCAGUCUCACAGGAAGAGGAUUUAGAGAUGUCCGUUGACGCCGACGCUCAAGAUGAGGACACAGGAUCUCUGGUGUCUUUAGAUGGGAUCCACCCAACGGUCGACCCCGAGGACGCCAUCCGGAACUUGAACGGCCACUUGGAAGAGUCCGCCGAAGAAGUGGCGCCCUCUACGGGAGCGGAGGACUCGAGCGUUUGUGAGUCACGCAAGACCACGCGCUCUGUGGACAAUUUGUUUUGGUCCGAGGCGGGCGACGCCCGACCGGUGCCGGACGAGGCCCUGGACCUCUGCCCGACCCCCGGGGCCCUCGGGGCGGGAGAGGCUCCAGAGCUCGACGCCACUGCGUGAGUGAGGCCGGACCCAGGGCCCAGCCCGGUGCGCCUGAGCCAGCAGAUGGUGGAGGAUCAGGGGUAGGUUACAGCGUCCCCGCCGUCUCUGGAUCACGAGCCAGGGAUGGGCCGGGCCAUUAGCUUUAACAACUGGAACGCCAUCCAGAGCCGGCCAUUAGCCUAACAGCCCCGCUCAGGGACGACGUGGCGGGCACUGAUUAGGGACCGCCGCACACCUGCUGCGCCCCAGACAGCCAAUGGGGACCGCCCUUUUAUUUCUUUUCUUUUUUUAAAGGCAAAUGUGUCCUUCCAUAACAACGCGCACGCAUACACACACACGGACGCACACGAGGAGAUAUAUUCUAGCAAGUCGUUAAGUAAAAUCAUUAUUCAGCGAUUGAGUAAUUGAGUUUGUAAUUCAAUUUAUCUAAAGUAUAGUCCGAUGGAACCUGCUAGAGUGUUGAGGAUGGACUCAUCGUGCAUAGCAGUCGUUUAGGUCCACCGUAUGUUUCUAGGAGUAUAGAUGAUCCCUCGUUAUGUGUCUCUGUCCUCUUCAAAAUGUUUGAGUCUUCUUGAAUCACGCCUGUAAAAUGAGAGCUUUGUUCCGUCAGCAGAGGGCGCUCAUGUUUACAAUGGGUUUCAGGUUUCCGAUUUAGAUUUGCACAAGGAAAAGGGAUUAAUUUAAAAUCGUUGUAAUUAAAAGAUUAGACAUAUAUAUUUUUUAAGUGAAAAACAAAACGACCCGUGGAAACAGUUGAAACAAAUGUUGCCUUAGGUGCGCUAAAAAUGGGUCCUACUUGCUUUUUGAAUAUGGAAGUAGGUGAUUUCAGUUUGUAGGGGGGCGCGCACACAGCAGUUCAUCAAACCGAUAUCGGCUCGCUAAUGACCGUUAGGCGUUAUGAGAUAAUAUUUUACAUUAUAUUACUUUCCAAUGCAUAUACGGAGAAGGACCACGAGUAGACCUCAGGUGACACACUGACUCUUAUAUUCACUGGCAGGUGCGUUGGACCACCGCGCAGGGACAGAUCAGAUGUCCACCUGUAAAAUCACACAUGUACCAAUAGCAUUAUAAUUAUAAUAGACUACAAGAAGCGAGGGUGGUUUUCCAGAUUCACUGCCUUGGUCAAGAUGAUCACUCAGACCAGCGCUUUAAACCUGGAUAUGAAACGUGUCGUCAUAAGAAGUUUAAAUCACUGCUGAUAUUUCAUGCAGAGGACUAAAUGAAAGCAAGGACCAUCUAAAUUGUAUCCAAGCCAGCUGACACUCCAGUGUAGCCGGCGAUGCAGCCAGUGUUGCCAGAUUGGGCGGGAAAUCUGGCCGAAUCUGGCAACACAGAUUUUCUGGCAGGACGGCCUCUAGUUGUACAUUUGGACCUCCUUUGCAUUUCAGUCCUGCUGCUCACUACACCAGACCCUAGUCUAACUCGAUGUUUAACGGACGCCACUUUUUUUAAACGAAGUAAGCUUUCAGGUCCAAAGUUAUAGUUUGAUUGUUUUAGUGGGUGCUUUAUCUUCAACACAUCAGACAGUGUUGGGCCCCUACUAGCUCUACUGUAUAGCCUACCUUUUAUUGUCGCCUAUGGUGUUUUAUCAAUGUGCGCUCGGAGAAAUGUUCCCAUGGGAACCGUGAGCUCGGUGGUUCUGCACGGUGAAUUGUGUAUGCUUUACUUCCACCUAGUGGUUUUAAAUGAAAGUUCAGUUACCACAGGUUAUGUUCAACUAAAAUAUGUAAUUGCUUUUUAUGAGACUGGUUGUGUUGAAAAUGUUAACAAAUUUGGGGUAGGCCUACUGUUAUUCAUAGUAUGUUUUCAGUUUACAUUUGAGAAAUUGUUUUGGACUUUACUGAACAGAGGAAAUAAAUUUACAAUUAAGUUGAACACA